AACCUUAAUUCCCUCACUUUGAACAGAAAAUUUAGGGGAAAGAAUUAUAGAUAGAUCUAAAAAAGAUAAAAAAGUAAAAGAUAUUUCAUUCAGUUGGACAUAAGGGCCACACAACAUUUGGAUGGAUUCACGAAAUAGAUCACCAAUUACAGCUUGCCACGUAACCACAAAAAUCCCUUCUGACAUUUCUCCAUUUUUAAGCCAUUAAACUAACAACCCAAACACACUCAACCAACUGAUACAGACACACUGUUCCCUUGUUAAUUAAAUUAAUUCACAUGUUAUUUGUAUUAAUUCUACUAUACUCAAUUGAAAAAGUCAUCUUUUUGAUACACCCAUUUCAAAAAGAUUGCAUUUUUAGUACAGAAAUAUCAAGAUUUUGCUAGUUCAGCCUUCAAGUCAAUUCUCUCUGGUUGAUCAGUGCUUAUCUUGAAAGUUAGCGGAGAGGAGGCAAUGUUGCUUCAUCUCUUCUUCUUGUUAUCUCUCUUUUUGACAUUUAUAGACAAUGGUACUGCUGGUAAAACAAGUGCAUUCGUUCGAACUCAGUUCCCGUCUGUGGAUAUUCCCCUUGAAAAUGAAGUGCUUGCAGUUCCAAAGGGUUAUAACGCUCCACAGCAAGUGCAUAUUUCACAGGGUGACUAUAACGGGAAAGCUGUCAUAAUCACAUGGGUAACUGCUGAUGCACCAGGGUCUAGCCAAGUGCGAUAUGGCUUAUCUAAAGGGAAAUAUGAUUUUACUGCUGAGGGGACUCUAACAAACUACACAUUCUACAAGUACAAGUCCGGUUACAUACACCAGUGCCUUGUAUCCGGCCUUCAGUAUGACACAAAGUACUACUAUGAAAUUGGAAAAGGAGAUUCUGCUCGGAACUUUUGGUUUGAAACACCUCCAGAAGUUGAUCCAGAUGCUUCUUACAAAUUUGGCAUCAUAGGUGAUCUUGGUCAGACAUAUAAUUCUCUUUCAACUCUUCAGCAUUAUAUGCAAAGUGGAGCGAAGAGUGUCUUGUUUGUUGGAGAUCUCUCUUAUGCCGACAGAUAUCAGUAUAAUGAUGUUGGAGUCCGUUGGGAUACAUUUGGCCGCCUCAUUGAACAAAGUACAGCAUACCAGCCAUGGAUUUGGUCCGCUGGGAAUCAUGAGAUAGAGUACUUCCCAUAUAUGGGGGAAGUAUUUCCAUUCAGAUCAUUUCUAUCAAGAUACCCCACACCUUAUCGAGCUUCAAAAAGCAGUAAUCCCCUUUGGUAUGCCAUCAGAAGGGCAUCUGCUCACAUAAUUGUCCUAUCAAGCUAUUCCCCAUUUGUAAAAUAUACACCUCAAUGGCAUUGGCUGAAACAUGAACUUAAAAAGGUGAACAGAGAGAAAACUCCUUGGCUUAUAGUCCUUAUGCAUGUUCCUCUCUACAACAGUAAUGAGGCUCAUUUCAUGGAAGGGGAAAGCAUGAGAGCUGCCUACGAAAGAUGGUUUGUCAAAUACAGAGUUGACAUCAUCUUUGCUGGCCACGUCCAUGCUUAUGAAAGAUCAUAUCGGAUAUCCAAUAUACACUACAACGUCUCGGGUGGUGAUGCUUAUCCCGUGCCAGAUAAAACAGCUCCUAUUUACAUAACUGUUGGUGAUGGAGGAAAUUCAGAAGGUCUUGCUUCAAGAUUUAGAGAUCCUCAGCCAGAAUAUUCUGCUUUCCGUGAAGCCAGUUAUGGUCAUUCGACUCUAGAGAUCAAGAAUAGAACACAUGCAUUCUACCACUGGAACCGAAAUGAUGAUGGAAAUAAAGUUACAACUGACUCAUUCACAUUGCACAACCAGUAUUGGGGAAGUGGGGGCCGCAGGAGAAAGUUGAACAAGAAUCAUCUACACACACUCAUUUUGGAUAGGCCCUCCACUGCAUUGUUCUGAGACAUAGUUUCUCAAGCAUGUUCUUGAACUAUGGGGUAAUUUUAUGCCAUCAUCCUACUAUGCAAUUUGAAAAAUCUGUCUACUCUAGUUGGAGAGUGGAUCCAGCUACUUCACUACUAGCUAUUUCCCAGUGUAUUGGACAUGUAAAAUAAUAGUUCGUGUUGUUUAUGGCAGCAUUGUGACAUUAUGGAAGUAUUAAGCUCUUGUAAAUUUUAAAUAGCUAUAUGUGAGUUUUUCAUUGUUGUGUUA